CUAUGUUACGAGUAGUCUUUUCACCAUUUGAAACUUCAACUCCCAGAAACCACUGCGCAAACCUGACCCAUCGGAUACGGAAAUGUGUCCAUCUUGUCAGGGCAACGAGCGAUAACGACUGUUUCAACUUCACCAUGAAUCCACUAACCAAGGUGAAGUUGAUCAAUGAGCUGAAUGAGAGAGAAGCGAAUUUAGGGAUUAAAGAGACUGUGUCCUGGCACUCAGAGUAUAAAGACAGCGCCUGGAUAUUCGUCGGAGGGUUUCCGUAUGAACUCACGGAGGGUGACAUUAUCUGUGUGUUCUCACAAUAUGGGGAGAUGGCCAACAUCAACCUGGUACGUGAUAAAAAGACAGGCAAAUCCAAAGGCUUCUGUUUCAUCUGCUACGAGGACCAGAGAAGCACCAUCUUGGCUGUUGACAAUUUAAACGGGAUUAAGAUUAAAGGGAGAACCAUCCGUGUGGACCAUGUGAUGAACUACCGCCCCCCCAAAGACAACGAGGACCUCGAUGACAUCACCAAGCGUCUGAGGGAGGAGGGAUGUGCCCCCAAGAUGCCGGACCCUUCGUCCUCUGAGGAAGAGGAAGAAGAGGAGGAGGAAGAGUACGCCGUCUCUGUGAAGAAGGCCAAGAAAGAUAAGAAAGAGAAGAAGAAGAAGAAGAAAGAGAAGAAGGAGAAGAAGAAGAAAAAGGUCCUGAAGGAGGAGCAGAAGGAGAGGCACCCUCAGGAGUCUGCUCCCGUCAGGGUCAAGCAGGAGAAGGAGGAUGAGGCCUACGACAAGUACGACCAGCGGGGGGCGCCAGAGCACCGCGGCUCCCAGUUCCGCAGCCCCCGGGAGGACGCGGCGUUCCGCCAUCGCCACGGAGACCAGCGGGACGGGAACAGAGAGAGGAAGGAGGAGGAGGGGUGGAGAGACGGGGUAGGGGACAGGAAGUGGGAGGGAGGGGUAAGGAACCGGGACAGCUGGAGAACGGGCAGGGAAGAACGAGAGGGGUCGGACGUUCCGCCGAGAGAGAGCGGCGACCGGGAGAGGGAAAGACCGAGGGAGAGAGAGAGAGACUUGGAUAGAAACAGAGAGAGAGAGAGAGUUAGCGAUAGGAGUAGAGGGAUGGAUCGAGAUAGGAGUAAAGAGAGAGACAACGACAGAAAUCGAGAUGGUGACAGAUACAACAAACACAAGGAGGGGGGCAGUCGAGAGAGUGAACACAGGAGACACUGAGGUGAACCUGUCGCCUAAAAAGACUGACCUAACUUCAAGAAAAAGUCCCCUUCUAAGACUCGCUUGGCAGGCGACUGAAAGUCGACGCUUGCUAAAAAUACCAAGUCACAGAUUCUUUUGUUCGCCUCUCUGCCGUUUUCUGCUGGCUGUGAUAACCGCUGAUAUGAAAACCCAGUGUGACGAGCAUGCAGAACUGUCUCUGUUUCCAAGACAACGACUUGAAAGUCACAUGCUUCGAGCAGGACUAAUGAAAGCUGGAUUUCAGUUGGACUUGUCGUCAUGUUGGAAAUGUAGGCCUACCUCUACCGCUGUAACCAUUUUUUUUUUCCUGUAAAUAAAAUGUAUUUGCUUUUGUAAACAA